AAAUUGAUUACAUAGAGAAAGUGCCAUCCAUUCCCCUACCCUUUUCUACCCCCACCCCACCCACCCCACCCCUUGAACUCGUCCGCGGUUUUCUUGUCAGCUUUCGUCUCUGUGUGUCGCAUUACAAUUUCAAGAAUCCCCAACUUUAUACAGGAAAACAAACAGAAACCAGAACGAUCCGACAACAACAAAAGAAAACAAACAGGGAAAAAAAGGAAAAAAAUAAGGCCCAGAAUUUAGAUAUCUAAUUAACGAAACACUCUCUGCCGUUACAACAUCUCCUAUCUGUUCCCCAUUUUGGAAGAGGAAAAGUUAUGCAGGGAUUUCUAGCUUUUUCGUUACAUGCAAGACCGCCACCGCCGCAGCGGCGGUGAGAAUUUUCCGUGGCGGAAACCUCCAUCUACCGUGCGGCAGCUGCGGAGUAGUUUGAUUUGUUUUGUUAUUUGAGGAAAUGGGUUCGAGCCCGGUCGUGGGCUCUGGGACGUCCGCUGGCUGCGGAGGUGGUGGGUGGCGGUGGCACAGCAGCAAUGGUGGUGGGAAGAGCAGUGGCGUUAUUAACAAGAAUGGGAAUGGAAAUCUGAACAAUGAGUCGUGUGUGUUGUCGUCAACUUUCGCUUAUUUCUUGUUUUCGUUUGUUGUUUUGGGUUUGAUUGGGAGUUUGUACGGGAGGUACAUGCUCACGCCUAAAGUGCUCGCGGGGAUCACGGCGCUCGGGUGUCAAGAGGACAAUGAGGGUUCCUGGGCUGUGGGCGUUUUCUAUGGGGAUUCGCCCUUUUCUCUCAAACCCAUUGAAGCUAUGAAUGUAUGGAAGGAUAAGAGUUCAGCAUGGCCCGUAGCCAACCCAGUGAUCACUUGUGCCUCUCUUUCUGAUGCUGGCUUCGCUAGUAAUUUUGUUGCCGACCCUUUUCUUUAUGUGCAGGGAGAUGUCCUUUACAUGUUCUUUGAAACGAAAAAUUCAAUUACAAUGCAAGGAGAUAUUGCAGUCGCGCAAAGUAUAGACAAGGGAGCAACGUGGCAGCAGUUGGGUAUUGCUCUUGAUGAAGAUUGGCAUCUUUCCUAUCCGUAUGUCUUUGACUACAACGGAAAUAUAUAUAUGCUGCCGGAGGGCAGUGAGAAAGGCGAGGUUCGUCUUUACCGUGCAGUUGACUUCCCUUUAAAAUGGACACUGGAUAAGAUUAUUAUGAAAAGGUCGCUUGUUGAUUCUUUUAUAAUUCCUCAUGAGGGGAAGUUCUGGCUUUUUGGUUCGGACAACAGUGGGAUCGGCGGCAAGAGAAACCGACAGCUAGAGAUUUGGCAUAGCUCCUCGCCCCUUGGUCCUUGGAAACCUCAUAAAAAGAACCCUGUAUAUAACACUAACGAGAGCAUGGGAGCCCGGAAUGGAGGCCGGCCGUUUGUGUAUAACGGAAAUCUUUAUCGUAUUGGUCAAGACUCUGGCGAGACCUAUGGUCGUAGGACACGUAUCUUCAAAGUCGAAGUUCUGACCACGGAUGAAUUCAAAGAAGUUGAGGUUCCCUUCGAUGUCGAAGAGUCAGUUAAGGGACGAAAUGCUUGGAAUGGCGCCCGCCACCACCACAUAGACGUACAGCAGCUCAGUUCAGGCGAAUGGAUUGCCGUUCUUGAUGGGGACCGAGUACCCUCAGGAGACACAGUUCAUCGAUUCAUUCUUGGCUUAGCUUCAGUUGUUGCUGUUGCUGCACUGGUCAUACUUGGUGGAAUUUUACUUGGGCCUGUAAAGUGUAUAGUACCCUUAAGUUGGUGCCCCCACAAUGUGGGCAAGAGAAGUGAUGCGGUCUUGGCUUGGGAGCAGCCAAGUUUGUCAUCCAAGCUACGCCUAUUUUGUAGUCGACUGAACAGAGGAAGCUCGAUUCUCCGUGCUAGAAUAAAGGCAAACACUUGCACAGGAACUUUUGUCCUCAUUUUUACGAUUGUGGUUGCAGUGACGCUAACAUGUACUGGGGUCAAGAAUAUAUACGGUGGGAGUGGCGCCCAGGAACCAUAUCCGUUAAAUGGUCAGUACUCCCAGUUCACUUUGUUAACGAUGACCUACGAUGCUCGACUAUGGAAUUUGAACAUGUACGUAAAGCAUUACUCAAGAUGCUCCUCUGUGCGUGAGAUAGUCGUCGUCUGGAAUAAAGGGGUGCCUCCACAACUAAGUGAUUUCGACUCAGCCGUGCCAAUAAGGAUAAGAGUCGAGAAACAAAACUCCCUCAACAACCGAUUCAACAUGGAUCCACUGAUAAAGACACGAGCUGUCCUCGAGCUCGACGAUGAUAUCAUGAUGACUUGUGACGACGUUGAACGAGGGUUCAAGGUAUGGCGUGAGCACCCCGACCGGAUUGUCGGGUUCUAUCCUCGGCUCGUCAAUGGCAGCCCGUUGAAGUAUAGAGGCGAGAAGCAUGCCCGGAAGUACAACGGCUACAACAUGAUCUUGACUGGGGCUGCUUUCAUGGACAGCCAGGUGGCAUUCAAGAGGUACUGGAGCAAGGAAGCAGCCGCAGGUCGAGCACUCGUCGAUCGUUUCUUCAACUGCGAGGAUGUGCUGAUGAACUACUUGUACGCGAACUCGAGCUCGUCGACAGUGGUCGAGUACGUGAGGCCUGUGUGGGCGAUCGACACAUCGAAAUUCUCAGGAGUUGCAAUCAGUAGAAACACUCAGGCUCACUAUGGAGUGAGAAGCAAUUGUCUGGCUAAGUUUGCCGAAAUAUAUGGGAGUUUAACUGGGAGGAAAUCGGAUUUCAGGCGACGGAAGGACGGUUGGGAUGUAUAGUGAGGAAAAAAUUCUAAGUUAAAAAUGUAGUUGCUCUCUUUAUUUUUCUUCUUUGAUUAGUGCAAGUUUUGUUGAUAGUGAUGAAGAAAUUAUACCUCCAGCUGUGAAUUUUGCUUGGGAGGGACUUUUGACAUCAAACUCAAUAUAAUUUAAUGUACUAAUGGCUUUGAAUGGGAAUCAUCUUCUUCAUAGUUGCUA